AAAAGAGAAAGUAACUAUGUUGUUGCUGGAGAUCAAUGAAGCCAAGUGAAUGGGGGCUGAAUGUGCGAAUCCACACUGAAGCGGAGCGCCAGAUGGUGGAGGGCUACACUUAUUUAUGAAACUGUCUUCAGUUCUUCUUGAGUUGCCAGCGUUCAGCCUCCUCAUGCCUCCGUCUCCUUUAGACGACAGGGUAGUAGUGACACUGUCCAGGCCGGUCCGGCCUCAGGAUCUCAACCUCUGCUUAGACUCUAGCUACCUUGGCCCUGCCGCCCCAGGCAGCAACAGCCACCCUCCUGUCCUCGCCACGGCCGUCGUGUCCCUAAAGGCUGCGAAUCUGACGUAUAUGCCCUCAUCCAGCGGCUCUGCCCGCUCCCUCAACUGUGGAUGCAGCAGCACCAGCUGCUGCACUGUGGCAACCUACGACAAGGACAAUCAGGCCCAGACCCAAGCCAUUGCUGCUGGCUCCGCCACCACUGCCAUUGGAACCUCCAGCACCUGCCCCGCCACCCAGAUGGUCAACAGCAAUGAGAACGCAGGCUCUCUAAGUCCAUCGGGCGGGGUGGGCAGCCCCGUAUCGGGGACCCCCAAGCAGCUCGCCAGCAUCAAAAUCAUCUACCCCAAUGACUUGGCAAAGAAGAUGACCAAGUGCAGCAAGAGUCACCUGCCGAGCCAGGGCCCGGUCAUCAUUGACUGCAGGCCCUUCAUGGAGUACAACAAGAGCCACAUCCAAGGAGCUGUCCACAUUAACUGUGCCGACAAGAUCAGCCGGCGGAGGCUGCAGCAGGGCAAAAUCACUGUCUUAGACUUGAUUUCCUGUAGGGAAGGCAAGGACUCCUUCAAGAGGAUCUUUUCCAAAGAAAUUAUAGUUUAUGAUGAGAAUACCAAUGAGCCGAGCCGAGUGAUGCCUUCACAGCCGCUUCACAUAGUCCUCGAGUCCCUGAAGAGAGAAGGCAAAGAACCUCUGGUGUUGAAAGGCGGACUCAGCAGUUUCAAGCAGAACCAUGAGAACCUCUGCGACAACUCCCUGCAGCUCCAGGAGUGCCGGGAGGCGGGCGGCGGCGCCUCCGCGGCCCCCAGCGCGCUACCUCAGCCCGUGCCCGCCACCCCCGACAUCGAGAACGCCGAGCUGACGCCCAUCCUGCCCUUCCUCUUCCUGGGCAACGAGCAGGACGCGCAGGACCUGGAUGCCAUGCAGCGGCUCAACAUCGGCUACGUCAUCAAUGUCACCACGCACCUGCCCCUCUACCACUAUGAGAAAGGCCUGUUCAACUACAAGCGGCUGCCGGCCACCGACAGCAACAAGCAGAACCUCCGGCAGUACUUCGAAGAGGCUUUCGAGUUCAUCGAGGAAGCUCAUCAGUGCGGGAAGGGGCUUCUCAUCCACUGCCAGGCCGGGGUGUCCCGCUCUGCCACCAUCGUCAUCGCUUACUUGAUGAAGCACACUCGCAUGACCAUGACUGAUGCUUAUAAAUUUGUCAAAGGCAAACGACCAAUUAUCUCCCCGAAUCUCAACUUCAUGGGGCAGUUGCUGGAGUUUGAGGAAGACCUGAACAACGGGGUCACGCCGCGGAUCCUCACUCCAAAGCUGAUGGGCGUGGAGACGGUCGUGUGACACCAGCCGCCUGGACAGGAGGGGCUCCUGUUCCCCAUCAGGAGAUGCGAUGAAGAGGAAGGAGAAUGGAGCCUUUCUUUGCUUUUUCUUCUUCUUUUUUUUUUUUUAAGAUGGGGAUACAGUUUGUGAAUGGAGACAAACUGGUUUAAAAACUUAUUUUUAACAAGUGUGAGAAGAAUUUAAUUUUUGACGCCCAUUGAGAUUUCCCUCCCAAGAACUGACAAAGGAGGGAAGCUAAUGAAGUCCUUUUUUUAAGCCAACAAUAAACAUAUAAUAAAACUCGUUUCUUCCCCUUUUCAUUUGAAGCUCUUUGUAGCAUUUAUGAUUAUAUAGUCUGUGCAGGUUCAUAGACCGAAUAUACUACCCUUUCAACCAAUGUAAAAGAACCAAAAGUAAGUAGAAAAGACAUUGAAUCACAAAGACCCAGGAUCUCCGUGGGCCAUUCAUGCAGAAAACAGAAACCCAACCAAACCGAGCCCGGUGUUGCUCACCCACACUGUGCACAACCGGGGCAGCUUGUGCGGUCGAAGAAACCUCCACGUUCUGGAAAGAGACAAAGGAUACUGUUGAUUUUGUGUGUUUCAUACUCUGAAUUAUUAUAUUUUUCCCUUUCUGGGUUUAAGAGAUUUUUCUUUUUGAAAUAGCAAGGGACUGACCAUUGUACCAUAUGCCUUCACUUUGCAAUACAAGGGUGUUUUGAGUGGACAAGUUACGGCUGGCGGCCAAAUGAUAGGCAAAUAGUGCGGAUGUGCCAGCUUGGAGAUAGAAAGGAAUUAAAACUGAUUACUUUCCUCCCCACCUUUUCCCUUUGUUUAAUUUUUUUUUUUGGAUUUGAUUCUGGUUACAGUGCCAUAACCCUUGUUACAUAUGUAUAUCAGAAUGUAAAAAAAAAAAGACAAAAAUUUAUUUAAAAAUAUUUUUUGCAAAAAAAAAAAAAAACACUGGGUGUGUUUCUGUUGAUUGUGUAAAAAUUUAU